AUGGAGAAAUGCUACUUGAUGACAGUUGUUGUCUUACUAGGACUAACAGUACGGUGGACAGUUUCUCUUAAUUCUUACUCAGGUGCUGGAAAGCCCCCUAUGUUUGGUGAUUAUGAAGCUCAGAGACACUGGCAAGAGAUUACUAUUAAUUUACCGAUCAAACAAUGGUAUUUUAACGGCAGUGAUAACAACUUACAGUAUUGGGGAUUGGACUAUCCACCUCUUACAGCUUACCACAGUCUUUUAUGUGCAUAUGUGGCAAAGUUUAUAAAUCCAGACUGGAUUGCUCUCCAUACAUCACGUGGAUAUGAGAGUCAGGCACAUAAGCUCUUCAUGCGUGCAACAGUGUUAAUUGCUGAUUUGCUGAUUUACAUACCUGCAGUGGUUUUGUACUGUUGUUGUUUAAAAGAAAUCUCAACUAAGAAAAAGAUUGCUAAUGCAUUAUGCAUAUUGCUGUAUCCAGGCCUUAUUCUUAUCGACUAUGGACAUUUUCAGAACAUAUAUAAUUCUGUGAGUCUUGGCUUUGCCUUGUGGGGUGUUCUUGGAGUAUCUUACGACUGGGACCUGCUGGGGUCCCUGGCGUUUUGCUUAGCUAUAAAUUAUAAGCAGAUGGAACUUUACCACUCCUUGCCAUUUUUUUGUUUUUUACUUGGCAAGUGUUUUAAGAAAGGCCUCAGAGGAAAGGGGUUUGUGUUGUUGAUUAAACUGGCUUGUACUGUUGUGGCUUCCUUCAUUCUCUGCUGGCUGCCAUUCUUUACAGAAAGGGAAGAAACCCUGCAGGUUCUAAGAAGACUCUUUCCAGUUGAUCGUGGAUUAUUUGAGGAUAAAGUAGCCAAUAUUUGGUGCACCUUCAGUGUCUUUCUGAAGAUCAGGGAUAUUUUGCCACAUCACAUCCAGAUAAUGAUCAGCUUUUGUUUUACAUUUUUGAGCCUGCUUCCUGCAUGUAUAAAAUUGACACUUCACCCCUCUCCCAAAGGAUUCAAAUUUACUCUGGUUAGCUGUGCACUGUCAUUCUUUCUAUUUUCUUUCCAAGUACAUGAGAAGUCCAUUCUUUUGGUAUCAUUACCAGUCUGCUUAGUUUUAAGGGAAAUUCCUUUUAUGUCUACUUGGUUUUUACUUGUGUCAACAUUUAGUAUGCUGCCUCUUCUAUUGAAGGAUGAACUCCUAAUGCCCUCAGUUGUGACAGUGACGGCAUUCUUCAUAGCUUGUGCAACCUCCUUUUCAAUAUUUGAAAAGACUUCUGAAGAAGAACUGCAGUUGAAAUCCUUUUCCAUUUCUGUUAGGAAAUAUUUUCCAUGUUUUACAUUUCUUCCCAGAAUUAUACAACAUUUGUUUCUUAUCUCAGUAAUCACUAUGGUCCUUCUGACACUGAUGACUAUCACACUGGAUCCUCCUCAGAAACUACCGGACUUGUUUUCUGUAUUGGUGUGUUUUGUAUCCUGCUUAAACUUCCUGUUCUUCUUGGUAUACUUCAACAUUAUAAUCAUGUGGGAUUCCAAAAACGGAAGAAAUCAGAAGAAAAUCAACUAG